AGCGGCGCUUGUUGUGCGCUCGUGUUAGCAGUGCCAUUGUAACGUACGGGAAACGCAUUUAUAGUGUAAAAGUCGGACAUUUUGGAUACAAUCCCAGGAUAUAAAGUUAAAUUUUGCACUGAUGCUCAAUAAAAGGACAAAGUGAGCUGAACUUUGUGGCUAUUUAACGCGAGCGAACUGCUCCACAGUGAAUAAAAGUGCGGUAACUGCUAAAGGAGAAAAAGCCGCACCAUGGCGGAUGUCACUGCUCGUAGCCUGCAGUAUGAGUACAAAGCGAACUCCAACUUGGUGCUGCAAGCUGAUCGGUCUCUGAUCGACCGCACACGAAGGGAUGAACCCACGGGAGAGGUGCUGUCCCUGGUGGGGAAGCUGGAGGGAACCAAGAUGGGAGAUAAAGCUCAGAGGACCAAACCUCAGAAGCUGGAGGAGAGACGAGACAAGAGGCGAAAACGAGAUGAGGACAGACAUGACAUCAACAAAAUGAAAGGCUUCACUCUGCUUUCUGAAGGCAUUGAUGAAAUGGUGGGCAUUGUAUACAAACCAAAAACCAAAGAAACCAGGGAGACCUAUGAGGUGUUGCUCAGCUUCAUCCAUGCUGCUCUGGGAGAUCAGCCACGUGACAUUCUGUGUGGAGCAGCGGAUGAAGUUCUCGCAGUGUUGAAGAAUGACAAAAUGAGAGAUAAAGAAAGGCGUCGUGAAGUAGAGCAGCUUCUUGGGCCUGCUGAUGACACUCGAUACCAUGUGUUGGUCAAUCUAGGCAAGAAGAUCACUGACUAUGGAGGCGAUAAGGACUUACAGAAUAUGGAUGACAACAUUGAUGAAACUUAUGGUGUGAAUGUCCAAUUCGAAUCUGAUGAAGAGGAGGGGGAUGAAGAUCAGUUUGGUGAAGUACGAGAUGAACAUUCAGAUGAGGACAGUGAAGGAGAGGAGGCCACUGUGGGCGGCACUCUUUCAGCCAAUCUUGGUGUCACAGGUGAUGUGAUGACAGUAAAGAAAAAGGAUCUACACCCACGAGACAUUGAUGCUUUUUGGCUUCAGCGUCAGCUCAGUCGUUUCUAUGAUGAUGCCAUUGUUUCCCAAAAGAAAGCUGAUGAAGUCUUAGAAAUUCUCAAGACUGCCAGUGAUGACAGAGAAUGUGAGAACCAGCUGGUGUUACUUCUGGGCUUCAACACUUUUGACUUCAUCAAAGUCCUCCGCCAGCAUCGCCGUAUGAUUCAGUAUUGUACAAUGCUGGCAAGUGCUCAGAGUGAAGCAGAAAAGGAGCGGAUCAUCGGGAAGAUGGAAUCUGAUCAGGAAUUGUCAAAGAUCCUCUAUCAGUUGCAGGAGACAGAGAAGGAGGAUAUUAUUAGAGAAGAGCGAUCUCGCAGAGAGAGGGUUAGGAAGUCACGAGUUGAUGACUUGGAAGCCAUGGACAUUGACCACGGAGAGUCAAUGGCACCUCGACAGCUGCUGGACCUUGACGACCUGGCCUUCACGCAGGGAAGCCAUUUCAUGGCCAACAAGCGUUGCCAGCUUCCUGAUGGUUCAUUUCGUAAACAACGUAAAGGUUAUGAAGAAGUUCACGUCCCUGCCCUCAAACCAAAGCCAUUUUCUGACGAUGAGGUGCUUGUCACCAUUGAAAAGCUGCCCAAAUAUGCUCAGGCUGGGUUUGAGGGAUUUAAAACCUUGAACCGCAUCCAGAGUAAGCUUUUUAAGACCACCAUGGAGACUGAUGAGAACCUGUUGGUGUGUGCACCUACGGGAGCUGGUAAGACUAAUGUUGCCUUAAUGGCAAUGCUGAGAGAAAUUGGAAAGCACAUCAACCUGGAUGGAACCAUCAAUGUUGAUGAUUUCAAAAUCAUCUACAUUGCACCCAUGCGCUCUUUGGUACAGGAAAUGGUGGGAAGCUUCAGCAAGCGCUUAGCAAGUUAUGGCAUCACAGUAUCUGAGCUGACAGGAGAUCACCAGCUCUGUAAAGAGGAGAUUAAUGCCACUCAGAUUAUCGUCUGCACCCCCGAGAAAUGGGACAUCAUCACUAGAAAAGGUGGAGAGCGUACCUACACCCAGCUGGUGCGCCUCAUUAUCAUUGAUGAAAUCCACCUGCUCCAUGAUGACCGUGGGCCUGUGCUGGAGUCUCUGGUGGCGAGGACUAUCCGUAAUGUGGAGUUGACACAGGAGGAUGUGCGUCUGCUGGGUCUCAGUGCCACACUCCCCAACUAUGAGGAUGUGGCUACUUGCCUGCGUGUCGAUCCUGCCAAAGGACUCUUCUACUUUGACAACAGUUUUCGCCCUGUGCCCUUGGAGCAGACUUAUGUUGGCAUCACAGAGAAGAAGGCCAUUAAGCGUUUCCAGAUCAUGAAUGAGAUUGUCUAUGAAAAAAUAAUGGAGCAUGCUGGGAAGAAUCAGGUGCUGGUGUUUGUCCACUCCAGGAAAGAGACAGGGAAGACUGCCAGGGCAAUAAGAGACAUGUGUUUGGAGAAAGACACACUGGGCCUUUUCCUUAGAGAGGGUUCAGCAUCUACAGAGGUGUUGAGAACUGAGGCGGAGCAGUGCAAGAACCUAGAGCUGAAGGAUCUGCUGCCUUAUGGUUUUGCGAUCCACCACGCUGGUAUGACCAGAGUGGACCGUACACUGGUGGAGGAUCUGUUUGCUGAUCGACACAUCCAGGUUCUGGUGUCCACAGCUACUCUGGCCUGGGGUGUCAACCUGCCAGCGCACACCGUCAUCAUCAAAGGCACUCAGGUCUACAGCCCCGAGAAAGGCCGAUGGACUGAGCUUGGAGCCCUGGACAUUCUGCAGAUGCUUGGUCGAGCUGGUCGUCCUCAGUACGACACCAAGGGGGAGGGAAUUUUGAUCACAUCCCACGGAGAGCUGCAGUACUACCUGUCCCUGCUCAACCAGCAGCUGCCCAUAGAAAGUCAGAUGGUGGGAAAGCUGCCUGACAUGCUCAAUGCUGAGAUUGUACUAGGCAACGUACAGAAUGUGAAGGAUGCAGUAAACUGGCUUGGAUACACCUACUUGUACGUUCGUAUGCUUCGCAACCCCACUUUGUAUGGUGUCUCUCAUGAUGACCGGAGUUCGGACCCCCUCCUGGAGCGGCGUAGGAUGGACCUGGUGCACACUGCAGCCAACGUCCUGGACAAAAACAGCCUGAUUAAAUAUGACAAGAGGACAGGCUCCUUCCAGGUUACAGAUCUGGGGCGUAUUGCCAGUCACUUCUACAUCACUCAUGACUCAAUUCAAACUUACAACCAGCUGCUGAAACCCACCCUCAGUGAGAUCGAACUGUUCCGUGUCUUUUCACUUUCCUCUGAGUUCAGGAACAUCACAGUGAGAGAGGAGGAGAAGCUGGAGCUUCAGAAGCUGCUGGAAAGAGUUCCCAUUCCAGUGAAGGAGAGCAUCGAAGAGCCCAGUGCAAAGAUCAAUGUCCUGCUCCAGGCAUUCAUCUCGCAGCUCAAACUGGAAGGCUUUGCACUUAUGGCAGACAUGGUUUAUGUCACACAGAGCGCUGGCAGGCUCAUGCGUGCCAUAUUUGAGAUCGUCCUCAAUAGGGGCUGGGCUCAACUCACAGACAAGACCAUGAACCUUUGCAAGAUGAUUGACAAGAGAAUGUGGCAGUCGAUGUCUCCUCUGCGACAGUUCAAGAAACUGCCAGAAGAAGUGAUCAAGAAGAUUGAGAAGAAAAACUUCCCCUUUGAGCGCCUCUAUGAUCUCAACCAUAAUGAGAUUGGUGAGCUUAUCCGAAUGCCAAAAAUGGGGAAGACCAUUCACAAAUAUGUCCACCAGUUCCCCAAGCUGGACCUGGCGGUCCAUCUGCAGCCCAUCACCCGCUCUACACUCAAAGUGGAGCUCACCAUCACUCCUGACUUCCAAUGGGAUGACAAGAUUCAUGGAUCAUCUGAGGCUUUCUGGAUUUUGGUGGAAGAUGUGGACAGUGAAGUCAUCCUCCACCAUGAGUACUUCUUGCUUAAAGCCAAGUACGCCCAGGACGAACAUCUGGUGACUUUCUUUGUCCCAGUAUUUGAGCCUCUGCCGCCGCAGUACUUCAUCAGAGUGGUGUCAGACCGCUGGCUCUCUUGUGAGACUCAGCUUCCUGUGUCAUUCCGUCACUUGAUCCUGCCAGAGAAGUACCCACCACCCACGGAGCUACUGGACCUGCAGCCACUGCCCGUCACUGCCCUCAGGAACUCGGCAUUUGAGGCUCUUUACCAGAACAAGUUCCCCUUUUUUAACCCCAUUCAGACUCAAGUCUUCAAUGCAGUGUACAACAGUGAUGAUAAUGUGUUUGUGGGAGCUCCAACUGGCAGUGGAAAGACCAUCUGUGCUGAAUUUGCUAUUCUGAGGAUGCUGCUGCACAAUGCAGAGGGGCGCUGUGUGUACAUCACCCCUAUGGAAGCUCUGGCAGAACAGGUGUUUGUAGACUGGCACCAGAAGUUCCAAGACAUCCUGAAUAAGAAAGUGGUGCUGCUCACAGGAGAGACAAGCACAGACCUGAAGCUGCUGGGAAAAGGGGACAUCAUUGUGAGUACCCCCGACAAAUGGGAUAUCCUGUCCAGACGUUGGAAGCAGAGGAAGAAUGUCCAGAACGUCAGCCUCUUCAUUGUUGAUGAGACUCACCUCAUCGGAGGAGAAAAUGGGCCUGUGUUGGAGGUCAUCUGCUCAAGGAUGAGGUACAUCUCCUCUCAGAUUGAGCGUCCGAUCCGCAUUGUGGCGCUCAGCUCAUCUUUGUCAAAUGCCAAAGAUGUGGCUCACUGGUUGGGCUGCAGCACCACGGCAACAUUCAACUUCCACCCCAACGUCAGACCUGUACCUCUGGAGCUGCACAUCCAGGGCUUCAAUGUAAGUCACACUCAGACUCGCCUGCUGUCCAUGGCCAAGCCGGUGUACCAUGCCAUCAUGAAGCACUCUCCCUCCAAACCAGCCGUGGUGUUUGUCCCGUCACGCAGACAGACCCGACUCACAGCCAUCGACAUCCUCACAUUCUGUGCUGCAGACGUCGUCCCUCAAAGGUUCUUGCAUUGCACUGAGAAAGACCUGGCUCCAUUCCUGGAUAAGAUAAAUGAUUCCACUCUUAAAGAGACUCUGGCUAACGGUGUGGGCUACCUGCAUGAGGGCCUGUCAGCGACCGAGCGCAAAAUAGUGGAGCAGCUCUUCAACUCAGGUGCCGUUCAGGUCGUGGUGUCCUCUCGUUCACUCUGCUGGGGGAUCAACAUCUCCGCCCAUCUUGUCAUUGUCAUGGAUACACAGUACUACAACGGCAAAAUCCAUGCCUAUGUGGACUAUCCCAUAUACGACGUCCUCCAGAUGGUGGGCAAAGCAAACAGGCCCAUGUUAGAUGACGAGGGACGCUGUGUCAUCAUGUGUCAGGGAUCCAAGAAGGAUUUCUUCAAAAAGUUCCUGUACGAGCCUCUGCCGGUGGAGUCUCACUUAGACCACUGUCUCCACGACCACUUCAACGCUGAGAUCGUAACAAAAACGGUGGAGAACAAGCAGGACGCUGUGGACUACCUGACAUGGACGUUCCUCUACCGCCGCAUGACGCAGAACCCCAACUACUACAACCUGCAGGGGAUGUCUCACCGUCACCUGUCAGAUCACCUGUCCGAGCUGGUGGAAAACACGUUACACGACCUGGAGCAGUCCAAGUGUAUCAGCAUCGAGGAUGAGAUGGAUGUGGCACCCCUCAACUUGGGCAUGAUCGCUGCCUAUUACUACAUCAACUACACCACCAUUGAGUUGUUCAGCAUGUCCCUGAACGCAAAGACAAAGAUCCGUGGCUUAAUUGAGAUCAUCUCUAAUGCUGCAGAGUACAAGAAUAUUCCCAUCAGACACCAUGAGGAUGCACUUCUCCGACAGCUGGCACAGAAAGUGCCCCACAAACUGAAUAACCCCAAGUUCAACGAUCCUCACGUAAAGACCAACCUGCUGCUGCAGGCUCAUCUGUCCAGGAUGCAGCUGAGCGCUGAGCUGCAGUCGGACACAGAGGAGAUCCUGAGCAAGGCGAUCCGUCUCAUCCAGGCCUGUGUUGACGUGUUGUCCAGUAACGGCUGGCUCAGUCCUGCUCUGGCAGCCAUGGAGCUGGCUCAGAUGGUCACCCAGGCCAUGUGGUCCAAGGACUCGUACCUCAAACAGCUGCCCUUCUUUACAUCUGAACACAUCAAACGAUGCACAGACAAGGGUGUAGAGAGCAUCUUUGACAUCAUGGAGAUGGAGGAUGACGACCGGACUGCUCUGCUGCAGCUCUCAGAUGCUCAGAUGGCUGACGUGGCUCGUUUCUGUAACCGCUACCCCAACAUUGAGCUGUCGUACGAAGUGGCUGAGAAGGACAACAUCAAGAGUGGAAGUCCAGUCUUAGUCCAGGUUCAGCUGGAGAGAGAGGAGGAGGUGACCGGACCUGUCAUCGCGCCUCUCUUCCCUCAGAAACGUGAGGAGGGUUGGUGGGUGGUGAUCGGAGACCCCAAGUCAAACAGCCUCAUUUCUAUCAAGAGGUUGACUCUGCAGCAGAAAGCAAAGGUUAAACUGGACUUUGUUGCACCAGCGAUGGGCAUCCACAACUACACACUGUACUUCAUGAGUGACGCGUACAUGGGCUGUGACCAGGAGUACAAGUUCAGCGUGGAUGUGAAGGAGGCGGACAGUGAUGGAGACAGUGACUCAGAUUAAGCAGCAACACCAGCCUCUGACUUUUUGUUUCAUACAAACAGGGAUCAGUUUGUUUUUUUACUGUAGAUAUUCUGCCUGAGUGACGCCGUGACUUUAUAAUUGUCAUUAUUUCUGCUCCUGUGAUGAAAAUAAAUCCUAUUUUAUUGUUGUUGCCUGUUUAGAUCACCAUAAAGAUGUACACCAGGCUAGAGUAAGUGUACAUGGGUUUGAUUUUUUUACAAGUAAAUGAAACAGGACAUGUGUAACAGGUACAUAGGAAAUUUCUGUUCCGUCACAUUUGAAAAUGUUGUACUUGGUCAUCUAGUCAGUUUUCAUUCUGACGUAAAUGUAAUAAAGUCUAGUAGAUAAAGAAACACCCAGUCAGGUUGUUCUGUCCCAUGAAGUUACUUGUGGUUCAGUUUUAAUCCAGAAAAGCUCUUGAAACACAAGAAAACUGUCAAUUUCUAAAUGUUUUAGUAUGAUGUGCUGUCUGAAAUAUUUUUUGCAAUAAAGAGAAACCAUGUAAA